AUCCAAAAGCCAUAGCAGAGCGGGGGCGGGCUGCAGGUCUGUCCCCUGCCAAAGGUUCCAGGCACGCUGGUCAAGCUUGCCAGGGACAGAGGCCUGAAGGGCGGCUCCCGGCAGGGGACUUCCUGUUCCAGUUUAAGGGCCUCUGCUACUACACCAACGGGACGCAGCAUGUGCGGCUGGUGACCAGCUACAUCUACAACCGCGAGGAGUUCGCGCGCUUUGACAGCUACGUGGGGGAGUUCCGCGCGGUGACCCCGCAGGGACGGCUGGACGCCGAGGCCUGGAACAGCCAGAAGGACUUCCUGGAGGAGACGAGGGCCUAUGUGGACACGGUGUGCAGACACAACUACCCCUUGGAUGAGGCCAAGGCCUUGCACCAGCGAGUGGAGCCCACAGUGACCAUCUCCCCGGCCAAGACAGAGGCCCUAACCCACCACAACAUGCUGGUCUGCUCGGUGACGGAUUUCUAGCCAGCCCACAUCAAAGUCCGGUGGUUUCGGAAUGACCAGGAGGAGACAGCCGGCGUCGUAUCCACCCCCCUGAUUAGGAAUGGGGACUGGACCUACCAGAUCCUGGUGAUGCUGGAAAUGACCCCCCAGCGAGGAGACAUCUACACCUGCCGCGUGGAGCACCCCAGCCUCCAGAGUCCCAUCGCAGUCGAGUGGCGGGCACAGUCUGGAUCUGCCCAGAGCAAGGGUGUAACUCUCCUCCUGACCUGGAAGGCAGGAAGCCAGGCUGGUGGUGGGAGGAGACAGACAGCUAGGUGA